CGUUUGCUUAGUAAUAUCAUGAAAUGUUCUCGAAACAGCGUCAUCCGCUGGUCAACUAAUUGCCAUCUCCUUAUCGCUUUCACCCCCCCCCCCCCCCCAUCAUUCACAAUAAACACUCUUUAUACCCUCGUGGUUCGACUCCCUCUCUCUAUUCCUCAAGCGCUCCUCUUUAUUACAUAUCCCAACCCUCUCCCCGCAACUCGCCAUAUCAUGUGCGAUGUCCGUUGACCCUCGAUAAGCUGUUCAAGCUGCAUUGCACUACGUACGAUCUCCAAUCGGCUCUUGGCUGUCCACGAUCCCCAGAACUGGCACGUUGUGGCGGCACUCCCUCUCCUACGAACACCCCCCUAGCAGUGCACGCACC